ACGCAAGCGAUCGAGAGCUAAUCAAUAAUUAAACCCAUCCCGAACGUCGCCAAGACAAUGCGGGUUCCUCUUCAUUAAAAGAAGAUCAAAUAAGAACCCCGGCUGAACAAUAUACUCAAUAAUACUUCAUUUCUCAUCAAUGCUCCUUUAAUCAAUAUUUUGCGUGGUGUCCCCCGCUGGUCCUAUUCAAUAAUCAAUGCAUUGUAUGCACACACUAUGAAAAGACGAGUUGGUGUAAUAAGUGUGUUGGGUUUUAUUAUUGGAAGCCCACCCUUGCGUGCUGCGCAGACACAUUCCGGGUUGCCGUGGAACCAAGGGGGGCCAACCACUGAUCUGUAUAGUGGGGGCAAACUGGGAUCAUUCUUCAGGUGCGAGUCUGGUACUCUUCGCAGAGAAUAAUUGGAGGCUGAGAAUAAAGUUGGAAUAGAACGAUGUUCUCUUAAUUUUUUCAUAUGCUAAAAUUGGAAAGAAUUUUAUGGACAUUGUUACAGUGAACGAGGAAGAAUCACCAAGGAAACUUUAUUUCAACUUCGUCCAAACUUACGCCCCAAUGAAUGGACUUCCGUUGCGUCGUCGGGAACAACUCAAUCAGUUUUUGCGAUGCUAUAAUACACCCUUGAAACAUCGGAACAUAGUUUCUUUGCAUCGAUGUACAGGUAAUGUGCUGAGCUGUACUAACUUGCCACAUCUGCGAGGGAAAAGGUUGGCGGCAACAUAGCAGCCCUGUGGGACUCCCACCAAUAGCAUUCUUUAUUCAUCAUCUUCAUCGCCACUAUGUCGCUAUAUUCCUGUCAAGAAUUGAGCUGUCUAACUGGAAUGGAUUCUUUUAGAGGAUUACAUUGACUAUUAUGUCUAAUCUUGAAGAUAGCAUGUUCUUUUACUCAAGGCCUCCUCUAGUUUAAGCCACGAUUACGGAUCCUGACCGACAAUGGCUACAGAAGACAAACAAAUUCAAUACAGUCCACAAGGAACGCCGCGAUCAGCAGCCGAGUCAGUCAGGGAUGAACAAUUUUUAGAAGAGGUAAAACAAGAAGAUCAAGAGGUGCAGCAAGAGGAACAAGAAGUGCAGCAAGAGAAAGAAGACGUGCGGCAAGAGGAACAAGAAGUCCCGCAAGAGGAGUCCGCCGAAAUCCGAGAAACUACCACCAGUAAGCUGAACAGUGAUGAACCAUCAACAACAGGCAACGAUGUUGAGUCUCAAAGAACUGCUGAAGAGGCCGGGGAGGAAGGGACCAACGCUGAUGCCAAGGAAAGAAUCACGCUUGUUCUUCCUUCGGUCGCUGGGUUGGUCCUUGACCCAGAUAAAGCGGAAGUCGGAAAAGAUGGACUUGCCGAAAGCGUCAUUCUCGAUGACGAUAAGGACAGCAAAGAAGAACUGCACCUACCGCAGAUUGAAGUUAACCAUUCGGGAAAACCUGGGGAGGCCGGCCUUCCCACCUGGAACGGGGGGUCGGAAUCUUCUUCCUUGCAGCCGUCGCAGAAACCACGCAGGGAAAUCAUCGCCGAGAAUGCACAUCCCAAGUGCUUCGGGAACGUCGGCGCGGCGGGUUUAUCGCGUGUUUUCACGUCCGGCAGUUACUGCCCUGAGCUUUCCAUUCGGGCAAUGGCUCCCAAAGUUCAAUCUAAUGACAGGCCAGUUGAAUAUAAGCCGUCGCUUCCAAACUUUAAGGAGAGAAGCAAACAUAUCGAUCGGUGUAGGACAAUCCCAGACAUGGCGCGAAGGCAGAAAGAUUCCUUCAAGAUGCCCGAGAUACGGUCUUCGAAGGUGUCUCUAUUUGCGCGGGACGGCGAGCGCGCGAAGAACCUGCAAUUUGGUCCUGCCUCCUCAUGGAACCUGGACCGCUCUAGGACUGACAUGAGUAAGUCCAGGCUCCGUGAUAAACUACAAGACCAGCCGAAACGCCCAGAGAGUGAGAGUGACGAGUUGACGCCGUCGGAAUCGGGAGAAAUGGGACAAAAGAUCCACCAAUGGUUUAAGAAAGACCGGAAGAAGGAUCAGAAGAGCAAUAGCCACGUCAGGAACUCAAAGCGCUCAAAUAAUAUCUGGGAUGCGGGCUUACAAUCGCGUAUCCAUCGAGGACUCGCAUCAUCGAUGCUCAAACCGAACGAAUCUAUCGGGAACUAUUUAAAUGACGUCACGUCUAGUCGUUUCCCGCAAGUCGAGACAAGGCAAAUCGUGUCAACGAAAUCAUGAUAUGAUUUCAAGUGAAACAAUGAUUCCUUUGACUCUACAUCAUGCCAGUAAUACAACUGCAACACUUCACUUCAAAAUUGACAUGCUUUAAACCACACAUAUAUAUUCAGUAUGGUAGUCAAGUUCGUUUUCAUCUAUAUAUCGUUAUUGUCGAACUGUUGCAGAAUGCAUUUGAAAUAUAUAGUAGCUUAAAAAAAUAUUGGUAUCAUAAAAGCAAAAUUGAGGGAUAAAAAACGUAAAUCUGGAAAAGAUAAAUUUGUUCAGGAUAGUCUAACAAUAUUAUGGCUCCAACAGAACUGCUUUCAUCGGAAUAAGAUUCCUUUUGGCAAUGUUUUAUUUAGUACGGCACUGUGGCUUAAUUUGUUUAGGUAUAAAGCUGGAUAUAUCAUAUAGCCCUUUUGAUGGGCUAUCUUUGUCAAUUGAAAAAACGUGGUUUCAAGAAAGUCUAGUAAAACAAUCGUCAAAUUAUAUAUUUCAAAGGCAAUUUUUUAUAUGAUUGACAGCAUUGCCAAUCUCUCAAAUAUUAUUUUGGACGGCGUCUGGCACUUUAUAUGGUUCAUAACAUUAAGAUAUUCAGUGCACACUAUUGGACAAUCUGUACCCAAAGAAUGGCAGAAAGAAUCGCACAUUAUUGCAAGAGUAGGCCUAUUAAAAGUUUUAUUUCGAA